AUGAGCAACCCGGAGUCCUCGAUUGCCUCGGCGCGAGCAUCUGUUAUGGUGUAUGACGAUGCCAACAAGAAGUGGCUGCCAAGCGGUACCUCCAGCGGUCUCUCCCGCGUCCACAUAUAUCAACAUAUUCAGAAUAAUACAUUCCGAGUAGUGGGCAGAAAGCUACAGGACCAUGAGGUUGUCAUAAACUGUGCUAUACUGAAGAAUCUCAAAUACAACCAGGCGACGCCGAUCUUUCACCAGUGGCGCGAAAAUCGAACCGUUUUUGGGCUGAACUUCAGCAGCAAAGAGGAGGCCGACGCUUUCGCCCACACGAUGAUGAAGGUGAUCGACCUGCUGAAUCAAAACACCUACGGCACUACUAAGUCAAUUCAACAACAGCCGCCGCCCCAGCAGAAUAGCCAGCAGCCAGUGUACGGUCACAUCGGUCCGCCGGAGGAGUACGGCGAGAUUGGCAGACAACAACAGCAGAAUGGCUGGAAUGGCAAUCCCAAUGGUGGCGUGAACAACCAAAUGCAACCACACAAUAACCAUAUCAACGGAUUGGUCGAUCCACAACAACAACAGCAACAACAACAGAACGGGGGCGGACCACCACCGAUGCACAUGCAGGCAAACUCCCACAACCCGCAAAUGCAGCAGCCUCCACCGCAGAUGCUGCCGCAGAUGAUAGCGCCCGAGGUAGUGCAACACCACCAACAGCUUCAGCAGCAACAACAGCAGCAAAAUAUGCAGCAACUGACUCAGCACAUGACCAAUGUGACGCUCAGUCAGGCGAUGCUGCAGACACAGGCGACCUACAUGAGCACCGGUAACAUGAUGAACAUGCACCGAAACUCGGUCUCCAAUGUCAACAACAGUCAGCAACAGCAACAGCAGCAAAUUCAACAGCCUGCAGGUAACAUUCCACCGCCACCGCCGCCGCCCCCGCCAAUGCCCACCAACAAUGGACAGCCGAUGAUGGCGCCGAACAUGGUCCCCAACAAUGGUAUGAUGAAUGGAGGAGUGGCGCCGGCAGGUCCAACGGGAGCACCGCCUCCUCCGCCACCUCCUCCUCCACCAGGAUUGCUUAACGGUAGUGGUGGCAAUGGGGGUGGUGGUGGUGGGCCACCUCGAAUGGUGAGCAAUGGUGGCGGACAGGCGAGCAACAUACCUCCGGCGCCACCAAUGCCGACCAUGCCAUUGGGCGGCAACAGCGGCGGCCCGUCAAACCUGGCCGCCGCCAUUGCCAAUGCCAAGCUGAAGAGGACCGCAUCGGGCAAGGUGGAUGACAAUGACAGUCUCAGCUCAAACUCCUCUUCGGGUCGAACGAGCAACACGACGACGGCCGCACCGGGCAAUCUCAUGGACGAGAUGGCCAAGACGCUCGCCCGUCGACGAGCCCAGGCGGAGAGCAACCAGCAGAAUGAUGGCGACUCGGGCAAUGCCGGUGGGAACAUCGGUGGGGCUCGUAACUUUAACGGCAUCAAAUCGGAGAAGCAGUCCUCCACUUCUCUGGUCAACGGGUGCAGUCCCUCAAAGGAUGAGUCCAAUAGUCACCACAGAAAAAACGGCCCUUCUGACGAGUCAAAAUUCAACGGCCUGUGCGAGGCUGACAUGGACAGAUUGAAGCAGGAAAUCAUGACCGACAUCAGAAAGGAGCUGCAGAAGCUGAAACUCGACAUUAUUGAAG